UUUUAGAAACCUUAAACGAUUUAUUGUGUGACCACAGAAGAAGACCUUCAAAAACAACAUGUCUGCGCUCGGAGAAAUGUGCACACGCUUUGGAAAUUAAACCUCUUGUAAUUGCUGAUUUCAGGCAGUUUUAUUAGGUUUCCAGAAAGAAUGUCUACCCCAGCGAAAGCAUCAACGAAGAAAGAAAAAAAGAAGCCCAUCCCAGUGAAAACUUCACUGAACAGCCCAUUCACGACUCAGUGGAGUCCUCUGGAGAGAGAACACAAGCGUUUAAUACUGAACACGCUUAAAGCCAAACUGUCCGCUGUUGGGCUUCAGAAACAACGUGUCAAUAGGGUUCGCGAGUGGGGAAGCAAGAGGAGGUCAAGAAAAAAGACCUCUAAACCCAACGAGGACCAAGAACCAGCUCCUGAACCCGCAGAGAGCGUACAGACCCCUUCUAAGCCCACCGAACCGUGCUGGACCAACCCGGCCGUGAGGAAACAGCUGGCCAUCGGCAUCAACGAGGUCACCAAAGGCCUGGAGAGAAAUGAACUGAGUUUGGUGCUCGUGUGCAACUCGGUAAGGCCAGAACACAUGACGUGCCAUUUAAUCCCGUUGAGUAAAACGAGGUCGGUGCCCGCCUGUCAGGUGCCCACUCUGAGCGAGACUCUGGCGGAGCUCCUGGGUCUCAAGUGCGUUCUGGCGCUGGGAUUCAAACGCGGUACCGAGGCGUUCGAGGACGUGGUCCGCACGAUAACACCUGUGGUUCCGCCGCUAGACGUGUCUUGGUUUCCGACGGCUUUAAAGAAGAAAUCAAAGAAAACACAGAGCGAUACAGUCAAGGGACAGAAGAGGAAAUUAGAAGAAAUUACGGAUGAAACAAGUGACGCUUCGCCCGUUAUCCUCCAUCCUCUGAAAGUGAAGAAAAUCAUCCCGAAUCCUUCGAAAAUCAGAAAACCGAAAAAGAAGGGAAAGUAAAAAUGCUUCUCAAGCGCUCUAUGAACGCAUGGCGUUUGGACAUUUGUGAAUUGUUUAGUAUAUUUAUAUUUUCAUAGGUUUAAG